AUGUCGCUAGUUAGUCUUCCCGCCGAGCUCGUACGCCAGAUCCUCCACACCCUAGACCCCACGUCCUUCUACCUCUGCCUUCAGACCAGCAAGCUGUUCCGGGAACAUGCCCUCGCCUCCAAGGCCCUCCUCUUCGAUCAACUCCUGCGGAUACCCGGGCCGCGCCUCAGAGAACCAUACACCACUUAUAGCGCAGAAAGCCUCAUAAGGAUAUUCGGCAUACGCGCUACGCAGCACCUAGCCAUUGGCGCGCCAUGGAUGGCAGACCGGCACAUAUGGCGCGCGUCUCCUUGCAUGGAUAGAAAACUCAGUAAAAUACUGCGCUGGAAUUUGACCGAAGAAGACGAGCAUUGGCUCGGUAUAGAAAGAAUUACCCCGGGGCCGCUUUCUCGGAACAGACUGAUUUUUGCGGAGGUUGUAGCCUACGGGGCCGUGAACAUCUUUUCAAUCCGCAAAUCUCACAAGGAUGACCCGGGGGGCUAUCGUCCCAUGUUGGAGCACGCCAUCUCCCAGGACAGUUUGACCCAGUAUCUGCCGCCGUAUGGAUCGGGGUCGGAUCUUGUCCACACCUACCGGGUCGUCAAGGUGGCUGGUUACAAGUCAUCUCACCGCAAUCCCCCGUUCGGCUCUAAACUGGCGGUUCUAUACAGUCCAAUAUUGGGAAUAGCCUCAGGGCUUCCCGGUGCCUCCUACUGGUCUAGGCUAUUAUGUUUCCGACUGGAUUCCCAAUUCGGCCCUGUGGUGAUCGACACAUUUGACAUCGAAACCAACAAGGGGGAAUCUGUGGCCGCAAUGGCUGUCGAUUCAGACGGUAAUCCUGUUAUAGCAUUUCGCUGCUUCGAAAAAAGUAUGGAGGGCUAUAGGGUAUAUACGUACAAGAAUGUCGAGGAUGAACUCACGCUGGAACGACGCACCAUGCGCAACCCUGAGGAAGUUGGGCCUCUCUACCCGCUAGCCCCGGAGCGCAUAGCCGACAUCUCUAUCCAGGGAAAGGCUAUCCAUCUCCUUCCGAACACGAUUCCAAUGCCCCAUUGGACAACGCACAGCCCUAUCCCUCCGCAGGGCAUCCUAGAAACCAUGGCCCGCCGCGAUACAUAUCUCCCAGACGUCGUCGACAUAUUUCCCAAGCAGCCCCUCGGCAGAACAAUUGCCCACCACCAUCACCACAUGAUCAAGGAACAGGAUCUCAACGAUGGGGAACCCACGUGCGUCAACGCAGCUCUCGAGCUUAUGAUCACGCGCGACGAACCGUACGGUCUUGCGAAUCGUGUCGGCGCCUUCCUGCUCAAAGCACUGCAUUACCCCGACGGCUGUAGCCACUUCAACCUCAGCGCAGACUACCCCACACUGCACCACGUCUUCGUCGCGUAUCUCGCUGGUCUACCCGAUUUGCACAACCUCUCGACCCUCGGGCUCAUACUCGCCGUCUCCCCUGCUGCACACCGCAUCGCCAUCGCGAGCUGGAAAACGGUAAAAGUGUGGUCUUUAGACCCGCAAGCCUUUCUUGACCCCGAAUAUUCCUUGGCUGGUGGAGAGGGUGUCCCCGGCGACUACGCGUUUAUUGAGGGGUGUGGGUGGCGGUAUUAUGAUAGUGGCGCGUAUGCGAGGGACUGUGUGGUGCUGGAGCCCGUCGAGUUACCGAGUGCUGGCGUGGUGUUUGGCCUAGAUUUUCGAGAUGAGGAUGAACUUUGGGGGUGGUGUGAGCCGGGGCUUGUGAGGUGGAAGUUUGGGGUACAUGCAUGUGGGAGGAGGGAUGAGGCAAAACUAGAGAGCGCCGGGAUGGUGCAGACUUGA